UGUUAUGUAUUUUUUGUUGAGUAUCUUGAUUGUCAAAAGGGCAAAAAUAAAACUCCGAACCCACCCUUCAGUCUUCUUCUCCCCCAACUCGAUCCGGUUCGGCUGCCAUUUCGACUCCACCAGCAGCAUCAGCAGACGCCACGGUAGUAGUUCCUCCAUCACCGAGCAGAGUCGACGUCGAGAGGCGGAGGCCAUGGCGGGACUACUAGCAUGGGCGGCAGACGUGGUAGGCGGCCACGGAAGCGUUCACGGCGACGAAGCCGACGACAUCCCGAUUCUCUUCACGGAAGAGCAGCAGAGUUACGUUCGAGAAUUGGAUCGGAAGUCGGCUUCUCUCACCCGCGCGAUCCAAGAUCUGCGACAGAGGUUGCCUCCUGCCGACAUCUCCCAGCGCCUGCCUCACCUUCUUGCCCACUCCCUCGCCUCCAAUGCCGCUCUGACGAUGCAGUUGAACGCUCACUCUGCCACCAAGGAGCAGACCCAGUUGAGAGAAGUGACAUUGCAGGAAGAAAAUGCUGCAUACGAAAGAGCUAUUUCAAAUUGUGAAAGCAAGAUUCAAGAGAAAGUUCAGGAAACAGAUUUACUUCAAAGGAAGCUGAAGGAAAUCGACGAUGUUGAGAUUAAUUUGAGAGAGCAGAUGGAAAAUGUAGAGGCUGCAAAAGUUAGUGAGUCAGCAAAAUCUAGUGAUCUUGUUGUACUGAGAAAGGAGGUUAGGGAAGGUUCAGAUGCAGAAGCUGCCAAAGUUUCUGUACUUGAGAAGUUGGAGGCGAAGAAAAAGGAACUGGUAAUUAUGCACAACGCCCAUUCUCUGUAAAGUUGCGUUCCCUGUGUUGCUUUCUGAGCUGAAUAUUGUUCAAUCCGCAGAGCUCAAUGGAAGAAAUUGUUCAAGAGUUGGAAAGAAAGUGGGCACAUACCCAGGAGAAAGCAUUAAAACAGCCUACACCAGCUCAAAGAGAGAAGAUAUUGGAUAAACAGCUUCACAGCUUAAUCGAGCAACUAGCAGCGAAGCAGUCACAAGCAGAAGUCCUGGUGAGUGAAAUUCAUCUCAAAGAAAUGGAGUUGGAAAGAUUGAGUGGGUUGUGGAAGCAGAUUGAAAGCAACAGCAAUGGUGAAUCCAAUUACGCAGCUAGGAACCGAUACGGAAGGAGUAACUCAUUUAAGAUAUCUGCAGGUUCCUUAGAUUACAUGUCUGACAAGCUUCCUCAUUCCACUGGCGGUCGGACUGAGUACCAGCAACGACUUGUGUUACUGAGGUCGGCUUUUGUGCUCUACAUUUUGUUCUUACACAUUGUAGUGUUCAUCAAGCUUUCAUUUUGAGAGGAACACUGUGCAAUGAAUUCUUUUUCUUAGUAUUCGUUGUACAUAAUUAUUUCCCAUACCAUUUGUAUAAAAGUUUUUGAUUCAUCUGUUGUCUUGAACGAUUGCUAUCCCUACUGUUGUAAUAGAUUUGAUUAAGUGCUCAU